AUCAAAUGCAGCUUCCAGUUCGGCAUUCACUCAUAAUGCUCCCAAACUCUAACCUCGCGUAUGAGCAGUGAAACUCACUACAAGCUGAGGGUUCAAACUGGAGUUUGCAGAACACAGCUUCAGGAAUGGACAACUAAAGACACUUCUGGCUAUUGGGGGCUGGAAUUUUGGAACAGCACCAUUCAAUGCAAUGGUUGCCACUUCUGCGAACCGCCAGACUUUCAUCCAAUCUGUUAUCAAAUUCCUACGACAGUAUGAAUUUGAUGGGCUGGAUUAUGACUGGGAAUACCCUGGUUCUCGAGGCAGCACUGCUCAAGACAAAGCCCUCUUUACUGUUCUGGUUAAGGAAAUGCGGGAAGCCUUUGAACAGGAAGCCCAACAAACCAACCGACCCAGGCUCAUGGUCACUGCUGCUGUGGCUGGGGGACUUUCCAACAUUGAGUCAGGCUACCAGAUACCUCAGCUUGGCCAGUACCUGGACUAUUUCCAUGUGAUGACCUAUGACUUCCAUGGUUCCUGGGAAGGUUAUACUGGAGAGAACAGCCCUCUGUAUAAAGGUCCUGCUGACACUGGAAGCAACAUCUACUUCAAUGUUGAUUAUGCCAUGAACUAUUGGAAGAACAAUGGUGCCCCAGCUGAGAAGCUCAUUGUCGGAUUCCCAACAUACGGACACACCUUCGUCCUCAGUAACCCAUCCAAUACUGCUGUUGGUGCUCCCACAUCUGGGCCUGGAGCUGCUGGACCUUAUACAAGACAAUCUGGCUUCUGGGCUUACUAUGAGAUCUGCACCUUCCUGAAGAAUGGAGCCACUCAAGCUUGGGAUGGUCCUCAGGAUGUCCCCUAUGCUUACCAAGGCAGUGUGUGGGUUGGAUAUGACAACAUCAAGAGCUUCAACAUCAAGGCUGAAUGGCUAAAACAGAACAAUUUUGGAGGUGCCAUGGUUUGGGCCAUUGACUUGGAUGACUUCACUGGAACUUUCUGCAACCAAGGCAAAUAUCCCCUGAUCACCACUCUGAAGAAUGCCCUUGGACUGCAAAGUACCAGCUGUACUGCUCCUGCCCAGCCCAAUCCCCCAAUCACGGCAGCUCCCAGUAGUGGAGGAAGUGGCAGUGGCAGCUCUGGUGGUGGCGGCAGUUCUGGUGGCAGUGGAUUCUGUGCUGGUAAAGCCAAUGGUCUGUAUCCCGUAGCCAAUAACAAAAAUGCUUUCUGGCACUGCCUGAAUGGAAACACCUAUGAGCAGAAUUGCCAGACUGGCCUAGUCUUUGAUGUAAGCUGUGAGUGCUGCAACUGGCCAUAAAAUCAUCUCUUAUCCAUAAACAAGCCCAAUUCCUUUUCAGGUUAAACUCAUGUCAGCAAAUUAAGAAAUAAAAACAUGCAAGAUAAA